GGGUCUUAUUUCUUGGGAAGAGGAGGUAUAUCAGUUAACCAAAGGAAGCAUAGCAUUUCUUAGCACUGAAUUCUAAGAGCACUUUUUCAUGUGAGUCACUGUCACAUUUUAAGUAGCAAGUUCAGUAACAUUUCACAUGACUGUAUCUGGUGGUAUCAUCCAAUUAAUUGUUUUUAUAUAGAACUGAGUAAGAGUGUGAUAAAUAAUUGUGUUCUGUUUUUACAGGAAUCUGGGGAAAGCAAAAUGAGGCAUAAUCAGCUGUGUUGUGAGACACCACCUACUGUCACUGUUCAUGUAAAAUCUGGGUCAAGUAGAUCACAUCAGCCUAAAAAACCUAUUAAUCUGAAGCGUCCUAUUUUUAAAGAUAGUUGGCCAGCAUCUGAAAAAAAUGCGCAGAAUAGCAACAAGUCUAAACGCCCGAAAGGACCCUGUCUAGUUAUACAGCGACAGGAAAUGACUGCUUUCUUUAAAUUAUUUGAUGACGAUUUAAUUCAAGAUUUCUUGUGGAUGGAUUGCUGCUGUAAAAUUGCAGACAAGUAUCUUUUGGCUAUGACCUUUGUUUAUUUCAAGAGGGCUAAAUUUACUAUAAAUGAGCAUACCAGGAUAAAUUUCUUUAUUGCUCUGUAUCUGGCUAAUACAGUUGAAGAAGACGAAGAAGAAUCCAAAUAUGAAAUUUUUCCAUGGGCUUUAGGGAAAAACUGGAGAAAAUUGUUCCCCAAUUUCUUAAAGUUAAGGGACCAACUGUGGGAUAGAAUUGACUAUAGGGCUAUUGUAAGCAGGCGAUGCUGUGAGGAGGUUAUGGCCAUUGCUCCAACCCAUUACAUAUGGCAACGAGAACGUUCUGUGCAUCACAGUGGAGCUGUUAGAAACUACAACAGAGAUGAAGUUCAACUGCCCAGGGGACCUAGUGCCACACCGGUAGAUUGCUCACUCUGUGGUAAAAAAGGAAGAUAUGUUAGACUGGGAUUGUCUUCAUCAUCAUCUUUAUCCAGUGAUACAGUAGAGGUGAUAGAAAAACAUUCUCAGGAAUCACACAACUCAUUCUCAAUGGGCACAAUAGUUGAUCCUUCUCAAGCUUAUAGUUAUCCUCAAGUUGAAGCAUUAAAAAGUAUGAAUAGAGACAGGGAAAGCGAAACAGGAGGAUGUAAAGUCUGUGCUAAGAGCAAGGACUGUGGUUCACCACUCUACCUCCCUACAGUAGUUCCCUGAACAUACAAGGUAGGUGACAAUUCGCUGAAUAAAUAAUGAUUCCUCAUCUCAGAAUAGGAGGAGUUGUUACAAUUACAAAGGAACAUUCUACUCAAGGACUGUGACUGUAAUUAAGGACUGAAAUAAACUACUAGCAAUGGAUGAAUAGUAUAAGAUUCUAACAAGGAACUAGGUAGCUAUUUUAUUCAUAAAGGAUAUUCCUUUUAUGUUUAGUGUUUAAUUUUAGCACAAAACUUUUUUCCUAAAGGGAAAGCAUAGUAAUAGAUCUAUUGUUGAUAACAUAUACCUCUAGUAACAUGCUUUAUUAAAUGUCACCAUAAUGUGACUAAAAAAUAGUCCUUGUAAGAGUUCAACAUGCUGAGUGCUGAACUUGCAAACCUGAGUUAAUGGGGAACAAAUACAAGUACUUACUAUGUGCCUAGUGCGUUCACAUCGCUCUAUAUAGUUGUCGAUAUUCCCUUCACUUUACAGAUCAGAGAAUCGAGACUCUCCAAUUACAAUUAAAAUCUGGCUGAUCCUCCUAAAAUGAGGGUAAAAGUCGUAUCUAUCGACUUUUUUAUUUUUUAUUUUUUUUAAGGCUGAUAACAAAAACCCGAACCGUCUGAGUUGUGCUUAAGUACGUGAAUCAGUCUGCAGUAGUAUGGCAUCAGUUUCGCUCUUUCUGGAACCAUUGCGCACCUAACU